AUUACCAAUGGAAAAGUUUGAGUUUUUGGAUUCCAGUAAGAGGGACUUCUGGGUGGAAGAAGGUUUCCAGAGGAGAUUAUCUUUGCUCCAGCUACAGUUAUGGAGAAUAACCCCUACUUCAGCAGUCAACAAGUCCUUUGCAAAGAUGUUGAGCUGGGGAAAGAGAAGGAAAGAAAGGCCAGGUAUCGUGCUUACCAGUGUGCCGCCAUCAUUCUGAGUGUUGUGUUCCUGAUACUGGCCCUCUGUAUCUUCAGUCUGAGAUUUAUAUGGAGCCCAAACCCUGGGAAGGUAUAUGACCAUCAUUAUAAAGCUGUGCUGGAUGGAAUGGAGACUGAGAGCAUGAUGGAAAUCCAUCCAGCUCAACGCAUCGAGAUCUUCAGGAUGGGAAAUGGCACCGACGAGGUCCUGGAGGUGCAUGACUUCAAAAACGGCUUCAUGGGCAUCCGUUUUGCCAAGCACCAGAGAUGUUACAUCAGGGCUCAAACCAAAGAGCUACCCAAGCUGGACUCUAAGACCAUCGACAUAAAGGUGAGUGAGACCGGUGAAGUGGAUAUGCAGAUGGUGGACUCUCAGAUAUGGAUCCCUGCUGAAGAGCCCAUAUCCAACAAAACAUUCCUGUUGAAUUCCAAGAUCUGGGAGAUUUGCCAAGAUCUACCCAUCCACUGGAUCCACCCAUCUCCUCUCAGAGAUGCCGAGUUCCAUGAUGUAGAGGACGUGGAGGAGACCCCAGAGCUGGAGGCAAGAGGGCCACGUCAAGCCCGGGACGUCAUGGACCAGUUACCAGUAAACGACUAUAGAGAAAUGGGACUGGAGCUGGACAACAGCCUAGAUGAGCAGGGCUACUGCUGCCAGUACUGUCGUCGUGGGUACCGUUAUUGUCGACGAUACCACGAGCCCCUGGGCGGCUUUUGGCCAUAUCCCUACUAUUACCAGGGAGGACGGGUCAUCUGUCAGAUUGUCAUGCCCUGCAACUGGUGGAUAGCACGAAUGCUGGGACGAAUUUAAGGAUCCCGGAGGGAACCAAUGGUGCUAUGCUGCUCAGGGGUACGCGUAGACCAGCUUCAUUUAUACGAAAUGUCACUUACGCUCAAAACUUUUGAGUAAAAAAUUCUGCUGAAGUGAGGCAAAACAUCAGCUCAAAACAUCCUCAGUGACCUGGUCACUGUCAUAACUAUUUUUCAUAUUAUAUAUGGGUAGUUGAUGCAUAACAUAAUGAAGUUGAAGGUUGUAGGCUAAAAUGUAUAUAAAUGCAUAAGGGAAAUUACAUAUUUUAGGUCCUGUUUGUCACAAUUUCACAUUUUUGCCUUCAUUUGUUCAAUUUGUGGUACAACAAAUGAAUUUUGAAUAGUACAAAUAUACUCCAGCUCAGACUAUUUUUAACAGCAUUUUGCUGGUAAUUAUUAUGCAUGCAGUUUUUAUGAGCAUAUUAAUUUGGAAACCACAUGGAAUAUUAGUCUCUCAAUUAACAUGGUUAUAAAAACUAUUAUAUGAUUAACUGUUUAAAAAGAUUGAGUCUAUCAUGUCAAAAUGCAGAAAGUAUUUCAUGUCAACUAUCCACAUUUAUUAUAUAUAUAUAUAUAUAUAUAUUCUGUGAGACUUUCAAUGAACAGUGUCAUGAUCUGUCCUUGACCUAUACAAAGUAAAGUUAAAAGUACAACAGAAGCUGUUGCAUGUAAAUGGUCAGUUACUGUAAUCUACAUCAUGCAGACCCUUUCAAAACAAUGGAGAGCAUGUGGGUCGAGACAAAACUCAAACUGUUUUAAUAUGGUUUUGGGUGUGUCAAGUUCAGCACGACAUUAUGUUACCCUUUCUGAGGGCCCUUUUGUAUAGUGGAUGAGAGGCAUUAUAAGGAACCAGGUUAACAUAAGUACAUUUACACUAAUUUGCAUGUUUAUAUUAUGAACUUUUGUUUCUAAUGUAUUUACUGUGCGCUUAAGUAAGUCCCUGCAGAAAAAAAAAUGACCUUUUUAAAAGCUGUUAUGUGAAUUUAAUGUGGCGUAGAAGUAUACAAUACACAUAUCACACGGCUAUACUUAAGUAGUGACAUUGCUAGCACCAUAAUUGCAGGUCUGGGACUGUUUCAAUCAAUUCUUUCAUCCAAGCAAAUGGGUGCUCUAUAAAUUGCAUUUACAUAAACUAAUGCUCCUUUGUAUUUUUCAAACAACUUCCUUCUGAAUAAAACUGGCAAAAGUU